UAGGCCGUCCCGCAGUGCAAACAGCAGCGUGGAUGUCUUCCAAAGGCGUCGGACGCGGGAAGGGCUCUGCCCGGCUCGGAGUCCCGGGUAUCCAGUUUCCAGCUUCUUGUUUGACUGAGAGCUUCAAGACUGGGGCAUUUCUACAGGAAAUGGAAAGCUCGAGAGCUGCAAAUGUGGAGCUUUAUGGAAACUACUUGUUGAGAAAAGAGGAAGCUGAAGGACUACCCGCGGCAUCCAGGUCCGAUUCCGUAUAAAGGGGCGCACCUAGGGCAAACGAAGGAAUGCGUUUCUCAGGAGGUACAAGUCCCUGUUAUUCAGCAAUAGUUAUGAACUCCCGUUUACGAGCCUUAGGUGGGAGGAUAAAUAACAUACGAGUAUCAGAACUACCAAAGGAGAAAACCCGAUCAGAGAUCAUCUGCAACGUCCACUUUUUGGAUGGCUCAGUACAAAGCUUCAAAGUCAAUAAACAAGACACUGGACAGAUUUUGUUGGAUAUGACCUAUAACCAGUUGGGUGUGACGGAGAAGGAAUAUUUUGGUUUACAGCAAAAUGAAACUUCAGUAGAUUCGCCUUUUUUCAUUUCACAGCGAUGGCUUGAACCAAACAAACCUAUUAGAAAACAGUUAAAAGGAGGUUUUCCCUGCACCCUUCGUUUUCGCGUAAGGUUUUUUAUACCUGAUCCUAACACACUUCAGCAAGAACAAACCAGGCACUUAUUCUUCCUGCAAUUGAAGACUGAUAUUGUGGAAGGAAGGUUGUCAUGCCCUAUUAAUUCUGCUGUUGUCCUGGCAUCGUAUGCAGUACAAUCACAACUUGGAGACUAUAACGCUUCAGUACAUCAUUCAGGAUAUCUGUCAAAUUACAACUUUAUACCCGAGCAGAACAAAGAUUUUCUUACCAAAGUAGAAUCACUACAUGAGCAACACAGUGGCCUCAAGCAAUCUGAAGCAGAGUCCUGCUACAUAAAUAUAGCACGAACACUUGAAUUCUAUGGAGUGGAAUUGCACAGUGGUAGGGAUCUCCAUAAUCUAGAUCUCAUGAUUGGGAUUGCAUCCGGUGGAAUUGCUGUAUAUAGAAAACUCAUCUGCACAAGCUUCUAUCCCUGGGUGAACAUAUUAAAAAUUUCCUUUAAAAGGAAAAAAUUUUUUAUACAGCAACGGCAAAAACAUAAUGAAUCCAGAGAGCAUAUUGUUGCCUUCAACAUGUUAAAUUACAGAGCAUGCAAAAAUCUGUGGAAAUCUUGUGUAGAGCAUCACACGUUUUUUCAGGCAAAGAAGUCGCUACCUCAUGAAAAAAAGAUACUGUCACAUUAUUGGACCCUGGGUUCUAGAAAUCCAGCAAAGUCUGUAAACAGCCAGUACUGCAGAAAAGUUAUAGGUGGGAUGGUUUGGAACCCAUCUAUGAGACGAUCUUUAUCUGUUGAGCAUCUAGAGACCAAAAGCCUUCCUUCUCGAUCACCUCCUGUUACCCCUAAUUGGCGGAGUCCUAGACUACGUCAUGAAAUUCGUAAACCACGACACUCAUCUGUAGAUAACCUUACAAAUGAGAUUAGUUAUAUUACUGAAACAGAGGAUGUUUUUUAUACAUAUAAGGGCUCUCCAACGUCAAAGGACAGUGAUUCGGAGUUCUCUCAGAGCCGUAGUCCACAGAGGAGGUCAUCUGAACAGGAAUCACCAAAGAAUGUAUUGGGAAACAGUCCAAGUUCUCUGACCCGUAUCUCACCUAAAGCCUUGGCUCAGUCUCCCAACGGAGUUGGUAACAUUUCUGGCUCUUACCCAUUGGAAGGGGUGGAUAAACAGUUCUUAGAAACAUACGAUAACGUUACGAAAAGUAGCUCAACGGAAGAUUCCAGUCAGUACUACUGCGAUAAGAAUGACCUAAUUGAGGGAGAUUUACUUUUGGUGCGUAUCGCACCAGAUGAAGAUGGGAAGUUUGGAUUUAAUCUAAAGGGUGGUGUAGAUCAAAAAAUGCCAUUAGUGGUAUCAAGAAUAACGCCAGGAUCACCUGCUGAUAAAUGCAUUCCAAAACUGAAUGAAGGUGAUCAGAUAGUAUUAAUUAAUGGCCGAGAUAUCUCAGAGCACACGCAUGACCAGGUGGUCAUGUUCAUAAAAGCCAGCAGAGAAUCUCACACGAGAGAGCUUGCACUUUUGGUCAGGAGGAAAGUAGUUAAACAGUUUGUGGAGCCUAAAUCAGAAGAUGAAGCUGAUUCCCACAAUCUCCCAGAAUCAAUUAUUCCUAUCUGUUCGGAAUAUGGUGGUGAUACACUGGAGGAGUCUAUGGAACAGCUAAGGAAGGGGCUGGAAAGUGGGACAGUCCUUAUUCAGUUUGAGCAACUUUAUAGAAAGAAACCGGGAUUGGCUGUUACAUGUGCAAAGGUACCUCAGAAUAUGGACAAGAAUAGAUACAAAGAUGUUCUACCUUAUGAUGCCACAAGGAUAAUACUGCAAGGAGAAGAAGAUUACAUUAAUGCAAAUUACGUGAAUAUGGAAAUUCCUUCUGCGGGCAUUGUGAACAGGUACAUUGCUACUCAGGGGCCUCUUCCACACACAUGUGCACACUUCUGGCAAGUAGUCUGGGAUCACAAGUUGUCACUGAUCAUCAUGUUAACAACUCUCACUGAACGAGGACGAACCAAAUGUCAUCAGUAUUGGCCUGAUCCACCAGAUGUAAUGGAAUAUGGCAGCUUUCGUGUCAGAUGCCACUCUGAAGAUUGUACAAUUGCUUAUGUUGUUAGAGAAAUGGUGAUUACAAAUGUUGAGACAGAACAACAACACACCAUCACCCAUCUCCAGUACGUUGCUUGGCCUGAUCAUGGUGUUCCUGAUGAUUCCAUGGACUUCUUGGAGUUUGUGACCUGUAUGAGGCCAAAGAGAGUAGAGAAUGAGCCGGUCCUUGUUCACUGCAGUGCUGGAAUCGGUCGCACUGGUGUAUUGGUCACUAUGGAAACAGCCAUGUGCUUAAUUGAAAGAAACCAACCUGUUUAUCCACUGGAUAUUGUACGAAAAAUGCGAGACCAGCGAGCUAUGAUGGUGCAAACAUCAAGUCAAUACAAAUUUGUUUGUGAAGCUAUUCUUCGUGUUUACAAGGAAGGAUUGGUUCGACCACUGGAUUCCAGUUAGCACAGCAGUGAAGGAUGAAUUCUUUUUUCCCCUAAAAAGACUGCUCUUUACUUAAAGCAAGGGCUUGUUUCUGAAAUCAACUAGAAUGGACUAGAAGCCCAUGAAAAGACGGAUGAGCACAUUUGAACUGUGGCACUUUAAAUUUCUCAAGAAGAUUGCUAAAUCAUGUACAGUAUAACGAAGUCAUGUAGAUAAAUGAGAGCAAUUGUGUGUAAUAUGCUUUAUUCACAUAGACACCGUAAACAAUCAUGGAAACCUUAAUACAUCUUUUACUGCCUUAAAACACCCUUCGCUUUGGAAGUUACAAAGGUCCUUGUGUUUCUUUUGAAAAUGCAAAAAGAAAACUAGUAGUAUUGAGAUGAUUCAGCUUAAGAGAAGGUAUUUAAUAUCUUUGUAUUGUAUGAAAGUUCAUUGGAGGUGAAUAUUUGUAACUUUCUUAUUAGGACACUAAAUAUUCAUGGAAAUGUAACCUUGACUUCUAAAAGGCUGACAAAGAGCUUUAAAGGCUAAUGCAUAACUACUGAACAUUAAGAUCUGGAGAAAUUAAGUAUUCAGUUACCAUAAAUCUAUUAGUAAGUAUGCCAGCUGUUAUAAUAUGCUUCUUAGAAAUCACAUCUACUGUAUGUGAUGUGCAAAAUAAUGCUGCAUUUAAGCAUUUAUGCAGAUGGUACAGUCGACAUCUUCUGUUGAUCAAUUUUAAUUGCACCUUGCCCUUUUAACAGUGACCUACUUCUUACAGUUUUAGUUAUUGUACUCCUUAUCUUCUGUUUCUGCUGUCCAUCUCCUUUAUACUUUUUUUACAGCUGUUUCUACAUGUGGACUGAAAACAUUUUAACUUAAAAUAAGGUUUAAUUUAAUCUGUCGCCUUUGUUGCCAUGUGUAUUUAUGAGUUCUCAGAUGUAAAUGUGGAUUAAUGUUGCACACAAGUACUAGACUUUUGACUUACUGUAUAUGCAAAGUAGUCUUAUCCAAUACUGGAAGAAAAAUUACUACUGAACCCAUCAAAUAUGUUGCUGCUAAUUCAAGGUGUGAAGCUUACAAGGGCACAGGUGUUGCUAGUGUUCAGAUGGUGAUAAAAUGUUGACUUGCUGCCCUUCGGCAAAAACUGCUCUUAUCCAGUGAAACGCAACUCCCUUUUGCAAGAGUUCUGCGGAUUUACUGUGUUUCUUCCUUUAUGGAAAUGCAGCUAAAUUCACAUGAAGACUUACACGGAAAGAGAGAACGAAUUUGUACAUUGAUGAAUAAUUCACCCUAAGGUACACUGGUUUCCAUUUCAUUUCAAAUGGGAGAAUUGGACUUUUCUGAACAAUAUAACCACAUUUGUAUGAUGUUAAUUUAUUUUGUGUGUGCUUUUUGAUUACCCUGAGACAGUUCUUCAUUUUUGAAUAGUGUUUAAAAAAAAUAUUCUAAGGGACUCUUUAAAACUGUUAUUUAAAAGAUUAGUCCUAACUAAGGAAAAAUUUUUAUGGGGCAUACUAGCCAGAUGUUUAUAUAUGUAUAAGAGAAAAUUAGAUAAUUUUCUUUUUAGAGAUAUAUAUACACACACACAUAUUCAGAUAUAUUUUAGAAUUAUGGUUUGUAUUAUGAAUAUUAUCAUUUAUAUCUGGAGUUUCAUUAUAGAAACUGCCACAGCUGUACAAUAUGCAUCUCUCAUGUUACCAGAAGGUUAUGUUUUUCCCCCAGGAGAUAGCUGAAAAGUGAAUGUAGGAUGUGCUAAAUUGCUGAUUCUCAUCUUCUGCAGGCUUGGUCCUUUCUUCAAGAUUCCACUAUUAGUUAUAGGUUAAGAUGAUGCCCGAUUACUAUUUACUGAUCGAAAUUGGAACACGCAGGGUAAUUGGCAACAUGGAAAGCUUCUUGGCUUUGUUAGGUUGAAGGGCGAAUAGGUUUGUGCUUGUUCUUACAUGCUGCAUUCCAGAUUUCAUUUUCACUGUUGUUUUUGUAGUAUUUUAGAUUAUUAUUCUCUUGCUUGAUUGGGCACGGAUUGGAAGGCAAGAGACUGUAACUGUGUUUCAUUCUUAACGUGCUAAACUGCAUCAGGUCAUUCAAUCUCUCUGUGACUCUAAAUGUAGAACGAUACUGGACAUGCACAUGUUGCUGGGGAAGCUUUUUCGAUAAAUAUAUGUGGAGAAGUGUUAUACAAGUGCAGGCUGCCUGCUGCUGUUAGAAUAUUGAGCAGUGAGAAAACCCAGUGGCUCUUUCCCACGUGAAGAGUAGUGGGCACUAAAGAACCUAUGCCUGCUGAGUAGUUAACAAAAGUCUCCCUCGGGUUUUGUGUGUGCCUUUCUGUUAAAAUAUCUCUUUUUUUUCUUUUUUUCUUUUUUUAAGUUUUGUUGUGCCCGGGUCUCAAAGUCAUCCCUUGCAGUUGGCAUGACUUGCAAUUAAUAGUUUGUCAAGAAGUGAGAAAGGCAUGGAGGAGAAAAUCAAGAAAAUAAAUAGUAAGAUAAUAUUUAGAGCAUCUCUUUGUGACAUCUGUUUCUGUCAUGGAAGUGUUUGAUUAAACUUAUGGCUUAUUUGUGUUCAAGGUUAUUGCUAUAUUCCUAUCGCUAUUUAUGUUUCUUCAUGUUGAAUAUGUAUUUACCAAAACACUGUAAAAUUAUUCCUUAUAUAACUCCAGUCUCAAGACACUUGGUAUAGGCUUGACUUAACGUUAAUAUGUGUGUGUUUAAAUGAUGAUGGUUAUAUUGUGACGACAAAUGCUGCUCUUGUUCUGCUGAACUUAGAUGGUUUUGGUAAUACCAUUCAUGAACUCUUACUUGGAUUUUUAAUGACUUGUUUGAAAUAAUUGCUGGCCACUGAGGGACUACUCAAAGCUAUAAAAAUAGUAAUCUCGGUAAUAUUUGAUUUAUUUUUUUGUAAAACCAUAGAGCAAAUAUUAACUACACAAGUAUCUUGUACAUUGUGUCCAUCUUUAUUUCAGUCUUGCUGGGUUUUGCACAUGUACCUGUAGGGCCCGUAAGGGAGAAUGAAGGGGGCUUUGUCUUCUCUCUGUAGUGUGUGAUGACUUUGCACUGAAUGAAGUAUGCCUUAGGUUUGAUCUUGCAAUGAAAGCAUAAUUGUGAAACAUCCUCUUAAUGCGGGCUUUUGUUUCCACAAGAAUUAGGGAAUUAAAAAGACACAGAGUUGAUUGAUUUUUUUUUUUUUUUUUUUUUUUUGGUAGGAGUUAAAACUCCUAACACAAAAUUUUUAACUGUCAAGCAAUUGACAAAUAGCAGAAAAUGCUGCGAAGUCAAGAUUCUGUGUAACCUUCAUAAACAGUUUAACCUCGAUUUUGCCUGUGCUUGUGUAAUCAUGACAAUAAGUAUUCAAAAUUUCUAGCAUGGUGGUAGAUGAAGAGGGAGUAGUAAGCCUUUGAGGUUUUCAUCACUGUGAAAUACACUAACAUUUAUUCUGCAGAAUUAAAGAAAUUUUAAGUAAGUGGCUUUAUAUUUGUUACAGAAGUAACUAAAAUGCCUAUUCAGAGUGUCUUCAGAAAUAUCACAGGGGAACACUUCUGAGACGGAGGUGGGAGGGACAGAUCUUACCAUGUAUUGAAAAUGAGAAAAAUGGUGCCCAAAACCAUGAAUGCCUUUUGUGUAAGAGGAUGUAUGAAAUAUGAAUCAUUAAAAUACAACCAAACCUUGAAUAGUGGUGGUGUUUUGCAAAAAAAAAAAAAAAAAAAAAAAAAAUAUUUUGUAAUCCAGGGGUUUGCUUUCAACAAUCCUGUCUUUUAGGUGUUGGUACUAAAUUACAUGCAACCAAAAUGUACCUAAGAAUUCAGCAAUAGCUCUUCAUAUACACUCGUUUUUAACAGUUGUUUCUUUUUUUUCCCCUCUGUUUUUCUACUACGCAAUACUUGGUUAAAAAUAUAUAUAUAUUUUAGAAGGAUUAUAGAUCUGAAAUAUCUAAUGAACUAUGCAUUUGCUUUAUUACAAGCAUAAUAUGAUAUUGUUUUACAACAAGUUCUUCCCUGUAGAUAGUGUUCUUAUGUGUCAGACUAAAUGCAUAAAUGGUCCACUGAUUGAAAAUGUGGAAAAUAGACAUGCAUGGUUCAUAUUCAAUCAAUUAAAUUUUAAACAUAGUUGUUUCACUGAUAAUGGAUUUAUUGUUAUAUCCUGAAAUGUAGCAUUUAAGUGCAAGUUUAUUUUACUCACUCACAUAAAGCCUUUCCAGAAAGAAUGUGCUCUGGGAAAUGUUUGUAUUUCAAUUGGUAACCUGCAAUUAGUCUACUUGGUUAAAAGCAUUUAUUAAUUGAGAUUGUAUAGAAGGUAAAGUUGUGUCAUGAAAUACUUUGUUCAAAGGCAGUUGAAAGCCAAGUGAAUGAUUAAUUCAUUAUAUAAAACAUAAUGUUUUGAUUAAAUGGAUUCUCUUGCAUUUCAGUUCUGACACUGAUAGUGUUAAGCCAUCUCAGAUGACUGUCUGUUUUAACAAUAGUAUUAUAUUAACAGUUUAAAUAUAGCAAUCUAAUGCAAUAUGAUUUAGGUUUAGUGUACUUUAACAUAUUUAAUGUUCCGGUUGUUCAGUAGCUGUACAAGCUUCAAACAAUAGUAUCCACAAUCACUGAAAUUUGUCGUCUUUAAAAAAAAAAAAAAAAAGUAAGUUUCUCUGAAUGGAAAAGGAAGGAGUAGCGCAUGGUAUUGAUAGAUCUAUUGAUUUGAUAUAGAUCAUUUCUCAGUUCAGACUAACCCUGUGACAGUAGUGGUCUGAUUUGACCACUGAUAUAAAGAGCAGUUGGAGCAAUUGUUGAGGACCCAGAAUAUAAUGGAAAAAGCAAUUUGUGUGGACUGUUGACACUGUUUAGUUUUGGCUGUAGUUAAGAGACUAGUAACUCUUGUCCUUUUUUUUUUUUUUUUAAAAGACAAAUUCAUCUUAAGAGGAGGUGGCUUUGGGAAUGGAGAGUAGAAUGUGCCUUUAUUGACACUCCUAAUUUUGUUGCAGACUACUUGGAUAAGAGACUUGGAUUGGGAUAAGAGUCUUAGAUUGUAUGUUAUUUCAAGCUUAGCUGCAGGUUUUGAAUCUCUAGUGAAAUUCGUAUUUAAAGUAUCAAAGCAUUGAUUUUCAUAGACAUGAAUGAAACACUUCAAUUUACUGUUAGUUGCUUGACUUCUGUUUUCUUGGCUUUCAUGAUGUCAUUUCUUGAGUUGUCAUUGUUUUACCUUAUAAAAACACUUUGAGGUUUUCCACAACUGAAAAACUGGCUUUGUCACAGACAGUCCAAAUGAUGUUGCUGAUGCCUAAGAUACGACGUUACUUACACCUGCUGAAGGUGCAAUGUGGUGUUCAGACCAGCCUGAACUGAGCUCCGCUCUGAGAAAUUUAAACAGUGCUGCGAACAGCGGUAAAAUCAUUAAGAUAUUUUGAAAAAGCAUAUAGGAAAUGUUUUCUUUAGGGCAGAUAAGACCUUUUUUUUAUUGUAAAAAAGAACAUUAAUUUGUGAGGAUGAAAAUGUUUAACAGGUAAGGUAGGGGUAGGAAAUGCAAGAUUUUUUUUCCCUUUUCAGAACACUUUUCUAUGUUUGUGUAUCAUUCCUCUUGGAGCAAUUUCUUUACUAAAGAGCCCUACUGUUAAUGGGAUUUAAUUUUUGUCAAACUGACCUAGAAAAUAAUUAUAAGUUGAACUUUUUCCUAAUUUACUGCUUUGCACUUUUAAGUAACAUUAAACAAAACUGAAAUAUUUUUUUCUAAAAAUUAUUUUGGCUGUUUUCAUUUGGUAUCUUCUUAGGAGACAUAAAUGGAACCCAAAUGCGGCUGGGUAACUAGUGAGGUUGCCACGCAUGCUAAGAGGAAACAGAUGCUUUGCUAGAUCUAUUAAGUCCAUUACCUAACAUCAGUUACCAACUGAAACCAGUCUAGCAUCGUAUUUCUAUCAGCCUUUUGCAGAAUAACCAUUUGUAAAUAAGUCUUUGGAGCUUGCUCUCCCAAGCGUCGGGAAGUCUUCUUGUGCUAAGCUAGAAUCAAUGCUUUAAAAAAAAAAAAAACCCCACACAAAAAAACUCCCAACCAAAUGGAAAUCUGAAAUUUCAAGUGAGGAAGGACUAUUUACCAAAAUCUAUAUAAAACACGCUUAUACCUUUUACAAGGGAAAAAACCAAUUUCUCUGUAAAAAAAAAAAAAAAGCAAGCUGCUAGAAGUGUCAUCUGUGCUGUGACUGCAUCUUACGUAGUCAUAAACCAAAUCAGUUCUCAAUUAGUAAGUAAUACGGCCGCUAAAGCACAGAAAAAUCGACAUUGACCCAACCGCCUGAUUAAUUGCUCAACUUUCUUGCGAAGGGUUGGUUGCAAUCCUGGUUCGGAAGUCCUUGCUGCAGAACGGAAGGAGAAGGGGCUUCCUUCCUUCCUUGGGGAAGAGACUGAAAGCCUGCUCAGUAAAUCAGCAGUAUCUGGAUUGACCUUAGUGGGGCUGGACUUGUAUUAUCUAACCUGAGCAGUCUGGUUGAAAGUACAGUCAAGUGUAUCUAUAUAAGUUUGCAAGAACAGUGAAGCCCAUUCCAGGAAAAAAAGCUCAGACCAGCAGUGUUAAUUUUCAUGGGCUUCGUUUGCUUCAGUUAAGCGGCAGGUUAGCGUGGCAGCAGCUGAGUUAUUCUUGAUCAGUGCCCUUCUAAUUCAGAGCUUCACAUACGCGAAUGAAAACCUGGUAUAACUGUUGUUUCCUAGGUGUUUUUAACAGAAAUUAAAUUACUGUCUGUAGAAAUUAGGUGGGGAAUUAACAUAUGUGCUCAAAUGUAAAUAUAUUUCAAAUCCAGACUUUGCAAAAUAAAUUACAAGUAUCAAUGCUUAUAUUCCAGGGACCUGUGCAGUUAGUACUAAACAUUAUUUAUGUAGAUUUUCACUCUUCGUUGUGUAACCAUAAUAGAGAAAUACAAGAUAAAUAAUGGGGACGGUCCCAUCAAGGGUUUGGAAAUCUGCCAGGCAUUCAUAAUAACAAAUGGCCAUUGGUUAAAACUGACCUUCAUUGCGACUGAUACAAAAAUGUGCUUAAUAGUACUGGAAUAAAUUACAUAACAGCUGGGAAAGCCAAAGUAAUGUUUUUGCAAGCUUGCAAAAAAAUCCACUAUUCUAGUCCCUAAGUUGGUAUUUACAUAUACGUUCAGUUAGUGGUUUUGUCAGAGGUGUAGAAAGAGCUUGGGAGAUGAUAUCCAUUCAGUGACUCUGGCUAUUUUUUUUUUUUUUUUUUAAAUGGUUGUAUCUAUAGCACUCUAUAGUUUCUUCUUCUGAGAUCUUAGGUGCCAGUGCAUUAAAAGAAUAAAAGAAUGUAUUUGAUGUAUUUGGAAGGUAAGGAAAGAGUUUAUUUUGUAUUCUAAGCUGUACUUUUCUUUUAAAUAAUUUGAAAUGUAAAUUGAUGUUGAUAUUACAAAGCUUAAUUUAUUGUUUAAAAAUGUAGACACUUCUUGAAAUGAAUGUAUCAUUUUUCUUUUUUAUUUUUAUAGGAAUAAAGUAUUGGUUAAUGUUUUCAGUAUAGUUUUCUUGGGUUUUGGAACUGUUUUGAACGAAAAUAUUACAGCCACCAUUUUAUGCUUAUUGGUUAUAUGGCUAAUGGUGAAAUAAAGCAUUUUUGGCUA